UCUGGAAGUAAAAACUCGCGUUUGGUAUACAAUCAUGUGUGUGUGCGUGUGUGUGUGAGUGAGAGACACACACACACCCAGCCAUGCCGUUGGUGAAGAGGAACAUUAAGCCACAACAUGUGUGUCGGGUCGCUGUACCUGAGAGCGUCGGCUGUGAGCUGGAGUGUGUAACGAACAACACGCUGUCUUCCAUCAUCCACCAACUCAGCAGCCUCAGUAAGCAUGCGGAGGACGUGUUCGGCGAGCUGUUCAAUGAAGCCAACACUUUUUACGUGCGUGCGAACUCGUUGCAGGACCGAAUCGACCGCCUCGCUGUCAAAGUCACACAGCUGGACUCCAGUGUAGAGGAAGUGUCUCUGCAGGAUGUUAACAUGUGGAAGGCCUUCAGAAGCUCCACCGCGGAGGAUCAGCAGGUCGUGUCCCGAAUCAGCAUCCCGAACCCUGUAGCUGAGAUGUACAGCAGCUGUGAGAAACCGCCAGCGCUCAGUGUUCUCUCCACCUACAGAGAGGAUCAGGUGGAUGGAAUGAAGUUCUACACGGAUCCGUCUUAUUUCUUUGACCUCUGGAAGGAAAAAAUGCUUCAGGACACCGAGGACAAGCGGAAAGAGAGGAGGAGACAGAGAGAGGAGAGGUGUGUUGAGGAAGGAACGUUACAGCGGGAGGUCCGUAAAGUGCGUAAAGCGCGGAAUCGUCGUCAGGAGUGGAACAUGAUGGCGUUUGAUAAAGAGCUGCGUCCAGAUCAGCGAAAUCCUCACAGUGUCCAGCAGGGGGCGUUGUCUGAUAGCUCACUGUCUCCUGAGGCCAGCCGACCGCACUGUCCGGACGUUCCAGACCACGCCCACUUUCUGCCCAACCAUGCCUUGUCCAAUUCCAGUGAAGGGGCGGAGCAUGAGUAUCAAAGCAUUGGUGGACCAGUGGGCGUGGCUGAUAGUGUUCUCGCUGGAUACGGGUUAAAUCCGUCUUCCUCUUUGCACAUGCCCACAGGGGGCGGAGUUAAUGGUGACAUCACACUUCCACCUGUAGACUAUGGUUUGAUGGAUUAUUAUGCAAGUUCCGGUCCUCCUCCUCCUCCUCCUCCAGCUCCCAUCAUCCCCUCAUCACAGACCGCUUUUGCCACGCCCUUAACACCUCCAGCCCCGCCCUCUUCCCAUCCUGGACCAUCCAGCUUUGCUUUAUCCUAUCCCCUCCCACCUGUCCCACUUCCUGGGCCACUUUUAACCCCGCCCCCUCCAGGACCUCCACCUCCACCAAUACUUCCUGCUCCGUCUGACCUGAUGGGAACAGGGGCGGGGCGGAGCCAGGAGUCUCAACCAAUCACAGAUGGGCGAAGUGACUUGCUGUCGGCUAUACGCAUGGGUAUCCAGCUAAAGAAGGUUCAGGAGCAGCAGGAGCAGCGAGCGAUGAGGGAAUGUUCGGAAAACGACGUGGCCUCCAUCCUGUCCAGACGCAUCGCUGUUGAGUACAGCGACUCCGAGGACGAGUCUGAGCUGGACGUCAACGAGUGGUCUGACUGAGACACACACACACACACACACACACACAAACACGCACACACACACACACACAAACAAAGCAUCAAGUCAGGUUCACCAGAAGGGGGCGCCCUGCUGUAACCCUCACAGUGCAGUCAUUAGAAACUGCACACAUCACCUUUUUAAGUGUACAGCUACUGGCUGCUAUGCUGCACAAAGUAUUGGCACCCCUUUACCCCCAUCCAUCAGUGGACAAGGACCAGUGGUGAGCAGAUAUGUUUCAGAUGGACAACACUCACACAACGUGUUAGAUUAUUUAUUCUUAUUUAUUUAUUAGGAAUUUAUUAUUUCAUUAUUAUGUUCUGUCUUCCUUCUCAACCUGCUGUGUAAAUAAGAUCCCGGAUUUAGAUUUACACCAAAUACAGAGCCUUUAUUGACUUUUUUAAAUUGAUGUAGCAUCUUUAAUACAAUAAUAUGCUUCACUUCAGAGAUAUAAAAUAUUAUAAAUACAACAGAUUUUUUAAAAUAAAAAAUUAGCCACUAAGUGGCACUGUCUGACAUGAAAUUCUCCAAAAAACUCUCCAGAUCCUUUUCAUAUCAACACUUCAAAUCAUCUGUCACACCAGAUUAUUAUAUUAUUUUAUUAAAAGUAAUCUUUAAUCUAUUUUUUCUUGGAAUUUGAAAUUAUUUACAAUGUAAACAGUCUUUAUUGUAUGUGUAUUGUAUGUAUCUCAGUUGUGUGUGUGUGUGUGUGUGUGUGUAAGAGCAUCAGGACCAAACCUGCCACACAACAUGACUGUAAUUUUGAGAUUAAAAUUUAUUUAACACUUUAA